CCCGAGAUCCGUUUGGCAAAAUCUAAACCGCAGUUACAGUGGGCCUCGUCCCGAAGAUGGUCGUGGUAUAGCCCCCGAAGCAACGAGGAAAGGAAUCGCCGCUCCCUCUCUUGGUCUUUCUUCACGUGAAAGCCCUUAGAGAGAGACAGAGAGAUGGCUUUGUGGUAACUUGUGGUGGUAUAAAUAUAUGUAGAAAGAGAUCUUAAAUGGUGGAGUUUGGGCCAUCUCCAGAUAUUUCAGAAUGAUUGGUGGUAAACCAGGAGCAUGGAUUUAUCUUUUAAUCUUACUAAAUCUACUAAUCUCGCUGAAAGUGGAAGGUUUCGAUGUUCCUCUCACUCUUGUGCAAGCUGCUGUGGCCAAAGGAGCAGUCUGUUUGGAUGGAAGUCCCCCAGCUUAUCAUUUUGCACCGGGUUUUGGCUCAGGGGUGAACAACUGGUUGGUUCACAUGGAGAGUGCAGAGGAACGAGAAAUAUACAACCCUCGUGAUGAGUUGCUAAAAGUCAAAGACGAAUUCUUUGCCAGCAAAGGAAAAAUUUAAGUCUGUUGGAUGUCGCAAGUUCCCCGGGGUUCCACCUUUUAUGAGAUGGACUCAUGUCUUUUUUUUCUUUUUUAACUGAUCUUUCUCAGGGAGGAGGAUGGUGCAGUAAUGUUGAAGAGUGUAAAGAACGCACAGGGAACUUCAGAGGCUCCUCUAAGUAUAUGAAGCAGCUUUCCUUCUCUGGAAUUUUAGGCAACCAGCAAAAUUUAAAUCCUGACUUCUAUAACUGGAACAAGGUAAAGAUUCGAUACUGUGACGGUUCAUCAUUUACCGGUGAUAUAGAGGCAGUAAAUCCUGCAACAAAUCUUCACUUUAGAGGAGCUAGGGUUUGGCGUGCUAUUAUGGACGAACUAUUGGCAAAGGGGAUGAACAAAGCACAAAAUGCUCUUCUUUCUGGCUGUUCAGCUGGUGGUUUGGCAUCCAUACUACACUGUGACAGCUUUCAUGAUCUUCUACCAGCUGGUGCAAGAGUUAAAUGCUUCUCAGAUGCUGGUUAUUUUAUCGAUGCGUACGCUCAUAUUCUGUGCUUCCAUGUUAGAAUUUGCUCAUUAUACCAGAGAACUACUCCCGGUUAUCGAACUUUGCUAAUAAAAAAAAAAAAAUCCGAGCAUGACAUUCUUUGGCAAUAUUAUGACAGGAAGGAUGUUUCUGGAAAAGAGACGAUCAAAGACUUCUAUAAUCAAGUUGUGACCACCCAUGGAUCAGCAAAGAAUUUGCCGUCCUCAUGCACUUCAAGGUUUCCGCCAAGCCUGUGCUUUUUCCCACAGUAUGUGGUGCAGAAUAUGCGCACGCCACUUUUCAUAUUAAAUGCAGCAUAUGAUGCAUGGCAGAUCAAGAACAUUUUUGCACCAAGUCCUUCUGAUCCCCGUAAAAUUUGGAGUGAAUGCAAGCUUGAUAUAAAGAAGUGUUCUUCAAGCCAACUUCAGGCCCUGCAAGGUUUCAGAUCAGAGUUUCUACGUGCACUGCCCAGGAAUUCUCCAUCAGUAGGCAUGUUUAUAGACUCAUGUUAUUCCCACUGCCAAUCAGGGGCUCAGGAAACAUGGUUAAGCAGUAAUUCUCCUGCUAUAGAUAGGAUGUCAAUUGCAAAAGCAGUUGGAGACUGGUUUUAUGGCCGGAGUGCCGUUCAGAAGAUCGACUGCCCCUAUCCAUGCAACCCGACAUGUCACAACCGUGAAAUUGAUUAAUAUCAGCCACCUUGGAUCCAAAAAAUAAGAAUUGAACAAGUGCAUCAAACUUAUGCUAGCCUGUCACUGAUGUUGUUCGCCAUUCAUGCAAACCAUGCCUAAGAAAUAAAAUCAAGUGUCACCAUUUUUAUACU